AUCUCUUCACAUAGAAUUUGUCUGAAUAACGCUAGUGACGAUUUAAUCAUUUAAUAACGGCAAUUUUUUAAAUGCUUUUUUUCUUUAUUCUGUGCAAAGUCCUAGUAUAGAACACAAGACUUCUUCAGAUCAUCCUGUACGUGUUCAGAACAUCUUGGAUUACUCCAGAACACUUUGUGACAUGUGUAUAUACAUUUUCAUGUAUAGAAAAUAUUCGAUACGUUCUCCCGCUUUGUAUACGUGAAGAAAUGAAAAAUGUUUCUUAGAUAAUGACAGAAAUUCUGACAGUUCUAGGUAGUAUAAUAUUUCUUGAGAUCAUCUUGCAUGUUUUCAGAACUUCCUGGAAUACUCCAGGAUGUCUGAUAACAUCUGUAUGUUAUCUUCAUGUAUAGAAAAUAUUCAGUACGUUCUUCCGUUUUAUGCGGGAAUAGACACGAACAUUUUUCCUAAAACAACUACAGAAGUUCUGACUAUGUUUUUUAUUAUAUUCUCAUCCUGAAAUAUUUGUAUACUAUCAGUUUACUACAAUUUUACUUUGGUAUUUAAGCCUCUCAUCAGAAUCAAACAAAGAUUUGGAGAAAAAUAUAAAAUUCAUCAAAAAGGAGAAAUAAAAGAGAAGAGAAACAAGGGAGGCAAGAAGUGCUUUAAGAGGUGUUAAGAGAAUUACGUCGUUACUCCUGCUUAUUGUCGUCUUCUCGAGAAACGCCGAUUGUGGGAAACGGAUGACUAAAUCAGCUCCAAAAUUGUUUGACCAAGAAACCAACUGGGAAUCCGCUGCUUCGGUCUACGAUUUCCACGCGAAGGACAUCAACGGUAACGAUGUACCUCUGGAGAAAUAUCGUGGCAAUGUGCUCAUCAUCGUCAACGUCGCCAGUCACUGCGGCCUCACGGACGUGAAUUAUAAGGAGCUUGAGCAACUCUACGAAAAGUACAUGGCGAACGGUCUACGAAUUCUCGCAUUCCCCUGCAAUCAAUUCGGUAAUCAAGAAUCGGGCACGAACAAAGAGAUCUCGGAAUUCGUGCAGCAAUACAACGUCACCUUCGAUAUGUACGCGAAAAUCGACGUAAAUGGGGAGAACGCCCAUCCGUUGUGGAAGUGGCUGCAGAACCAGAAAGGAGUUGAAGGCGUCAUCUCGUGGAAUUUCACCAAGUUCCUCGUGGACAGGAAUGGCAAACCGGUGGAAAAAUUCAGCCCGAAAAGCGCACCGUCCGACAUGGAAGAAUCUUUGAAAAAAUAUCUUUUUACCAAAAGCGCACCGUCCGAUAUUGAAGAAUCUAUGAGGAAAUAAAAAUAUCUUUUCCUGUAAAUAAUGUAAAAAAUUUUACAUUAUUUCUUUCUUGUGUGUGUGCGCGCUUCCUCUUUUUAUAAUACUUUUUUAUAAUUACUUUUGAAUAUAAUAUUUUUAUAUAUGAUACUUUUGAAGAUACAUAUACGUAAUUAUGUCGCCAAUAACUCUAUCUUUCCUCAUUUACUGUAGAGACACUUGACGGAGACGCAUACAUACAAUUACGUAAAUCUAAGGAUAAGGAAGUUUAUCGUAGAAACGUUUAUUCGCUACUUAUAUUGUUAAAUGGGAUAUGGGAAAAUUGCAUUAUACUUGAAGAGAAUCCAAAUAAAGUUAUUUUAAAGUA